AUGCAUGUUGAUGAUGGUGUUCAAUGUCUUAGUACCUUUGGUCUUAAGAAGAAUUAUAACAAACAUCAUCGGAAGUUCCAUCCUCAUUGCAAUAAAGAUUGUUGUAAACACAUAACCGAAGGACAUCAGCAACAAUUCGAUCACCCACCCCAUGGAGGACAACAAUUACCAACAAAUGUAGAACAUCAAGGAAAUGAGGAAGAUUAUUCUAAUGAAGAUUUAGACUUGACUUUGCGCCUUUAACCUUGGAUUCGCAAAUAUGUGCCCACAAUUGGGUUGUUCCCAGGCAUAUUUUUAACAAACACAAAACAAGAGUUGACACCUUUAAAUUGGGGGUUUUCUUUAAAAUUCUUCCAAAUUCAUUUUAUAUUAAAAUUUAACUUUAUUUUGAAUGUUAGUCCCUCAAAACUUUAUUUAACUAAUUACGUGUUGUUCUCUUCCUUUUUUUCUCGUUUCAUUCUCCCCCUAAAGUUUUUUUCAAAAUUC